AUGGCCUACACUUCAGAAGACCCGUAUAACGCCGUCCAGGAAGAGAUAGAAAACUCCCUGCAGGCCGCGCGAACGCUAUGCUCGUCGUACGUACGAAUCCGCGGUUAUGCGGGUACAGAGGAAGAGAAGGAAGCCCGGGAAGAGCUGCAGACUUCGUUGGACUUGCUUGAAGUCGACCUGGAUGAUUUGGACGAGAGUGUGAGGAACGGGGAUAGAAUAGUCGAGACCGCUGAAGGUGCACGCUCGUUUGGUCUGUCCGAAGCAGAGGUACAAGAACGAAGGCAGUACGUGCGGAAAGUCAAGAAGGAAAUCGAGUUGAUGCGUUCACGUCUCACCACGUCCGUUGAUCAACACCCCCUGUCGCCGAGUCCGAAGUCCCGGCCGUCGAACACUGCACCGCAUCCCCUGGCGUCCACUUCGCGUGUCCAUUCUCGAGCAGGCAGUCUGAAUGCAAGCUUGGGCGGAAGCAGGGCUGCGUCGCCGCGGCCUGAAGACGAUCAAGCGGAAUGGUCGCGUGUCGAGCAACAAAUGCUGAUCGAGCAGCAGGACCGGACGAUGGAUUCGAUUGCUGGGACGCUGAGCACACUGGCGCAGCAGGCCGGACUGAUGGGCAGAGAAAUCAAUGAACACGUUGAGAUGUUGUCCGACCUGGAAGAGGGCGUGGAUCGGAGCGACUCCAAGCUGAAGACGUCGAUGCGCCGGAUGCAAAAGUUUAUCAGAGACACCGAAGACUCAAAAAGUGGAUACUGUGUUGUCAUUUUGAUCAUAAUCCUGCCUCCACUCCCAAUCUUUCCCGUCACCAUGUCUGAGACGGAGCUAGCCGAGAAGGCAAACGCGGCGUCGACGUCCACCUUUGUGACGGCCCUCGUCUUCAACGUCGCCGUCUUUGCCAUCCAAAUCGCCCUGUUCACUCUUCUACGACCUUACUUCAAAGCGAUCUACGAGCCUCGAACAUAUGUACCUCCCCCCUCUAAGCGAGUCAAACCCCUUGUACCCGAUAAAGGCUCAAAAACCAAGUCAGCCUUGUCAAGUUUCACCUGGCCCAUUGCGCUGUGGCGGGCAGAUUACAAGGAUAUAGCGGCGGCCAAUGGGCUCGAUGCGUAUUUUUACGUGCGAUUUCUGCGCAUGAUGGUCAAGAUCUUGCUCCCGAUAUGGCUUCUGAGUUGGGCCGUGCUCCUCCCGGUGACGAGUGUGAACACAAAUGUCGAGGGGAACGAGGGGCUCAACAAAUUUAUUUUCGGGAAUGUCGCGACCAACCAACAGAAGAGAUAUGCCGCGCAUAUCAUCAUGGUGUUCCUGUUUACUGGAUGGAUAUUCUACGUGAUCAAGCACGAGAUGCGACACUUCGUGUUGACUCGACAACGCCAUCUCAUCGAUCCUGUCCACUCUGCCUCUGUUCAAGCCAACACUGUACUCGUGACGGGCAUACCAUCGAAAUACCUCAGCGAGCAAGCUCUGAUCAGCCUGUUCAGCCAUUUACCCGGUGGUGUGAAGAAAGUCUGGAUCAACAGAGACCUCAAGGAGCUUCCUGAGAUAUACGAUAGGCGUGCGAGCGCAUGCAAUAAACUCGAAUCCGCGGAGACCGCCUUGCUCAAGACCGCCGCAAAGUUACGUCUAGAGGGUCUGAAGAAGUCACAGAAGGGCAAGAAGGGUUCUAAAGACCAUGACGUUGUGGCGAGCGGUGACGUCGAGCGCGCGGAUACUUCGAUCGUUCCCCGUGACCAACGUCCCCGCCAUCGGCUUGGCUGGAUACCCUUCAAGGGCCCGAAGAUCGACACGAUCGAGUGGGCACGGGAGGAAAUUCGAAUUUGCAAUGAGCUCCUCGGGCGCGGACGUGGUGCUAUUGGUGGAGACAAGUCUGGCGGCCGCGCGGGGAUCUCUGGCCCAAGACCGCUCAGCAGUGCGGAUAGCGGCGGUGCAGGCUCGGCAGAAGGGGCAGCAGAAGGCGGGAAGGUGUCGCAUGUCGUUGGGCAGGUUAAGUCGAAGAUUCCUGGGAUGGGCCCGAAGCCGGAGGGCGAGCAGAAGCAGAACUCUGUUGGGGGCGAUCCGUUCCCCGUUGUGACCUCGGAUUACCCCGCACUCAGCAGCGCCUUCAUUACGUUCAACAGGCAGAUCGCUGCACAUAUGGCUGCGCAGGUACUCACUCAUCACGCGCCGUACCGGAUGGGCUCGAAGCAUCUGGAGGUUGCGCCCGAUGAUGUUGUCUGGGGUAACCUAUCCUUGAAUCCAUACGAACAAAAAGUCCGAAUUCUGCUCUCCUAUGCAGCUACCGCUGGUUUGAUUCUCCUAUGGUCUAUACCUGUUGCCUUCGUCGGUGUUAUCUCGAAUAUUGGCCAACUGUGUAUCGAAUUCGCCUGGCUGGCCUGGCUGUGCAAGCUCCCCAAGCCUGUUUAUGGUAUCAUCGCGGGUAUCCUGCCACCCGUCUUACUCGCCGUCCUCAUGAUGCUCCUCCCCAUCGUCCUCCGCAUCUUUGCUAGAGCAGAGGGCAUCCCGACGCGGUCUGGCAUCGAGCUCUCGUUGAUGACACGCUUCUUUAUUUUCCAAGUCAUACACUCGUUCCUUAUCAUCACCAUCUCCUCCGGGCUUAUCAGCGCCGUGCAAGAUUUGGCGAAUAACCCUACUUCGAUCCCUACGAUUCUAGCGCAGAAGCUCCCGCAAGCAUCGAUUUUCUUCUUGACAUACAUUGUUCUGCAAGGUCUUCCUGGUGUCGCAGCCGGCUUCCUCCAAAUUGUGCCGCUCGCGAUUUACUAUGUGAAGCUGUUCAUCCUCGGCAGCACUCCUCGUGCAGUAUACACAAUCAAGUACACCUGCCGCAAUGUCCAAUGGGGAACGCUCUUCCCCACCACCACGCUUCUAGUGGUAAUUACGUUGGGAUAUUCCAUACUCGCCCCGAUCAUCAACGGAUUGGCGUGCGCGACGUUCUUUGGGUUCUAUAUUACGUAUAAGUUUUUGUUCUUGUGGCAGUAUCAGCAAGACUUGAAGACGGAUACUGGCGGUCUGUUCUUCCCCAAGGCGAUCCAGCACGUCUUUGUCGGCUUGUACAUCCAGCAGCUCUGCCUGUGCGCGUUGUUCUUCCUUGCCCGCGAUGAUACCGGUUCUGCAAGCGCGGUCCCUCAAGGCGCGCUCAUGGUCGUCUUGAUCAUCUUCACCGCACUCUUCAACAUCAUGAUCAACCAAUCCUACGGACCGUUGCUCCACCACCUUCCUCUCACCCUCGCAGACAAGACAUACAACGCCACCGCCAGUCUUAAUGACGAGAGCGAUGCAGGCUCGACUGCCCCCGUCACGGGGACCGAGAAGCAAAACGCCAUAACCACAGAGGAUGUUCGCGAUGAGGAUAUCAAGGCGGACAUAUCCAAGAAGGAGCGCGGCAUGGAGAAAUCGGACUCUCGUGGCCUGACGGAGGAGGACUACGGAUUCUCGCAUCCCGCCGCCACCAGACCGCAGAGGACCAUCUGGAUUCCGCAAGAUACACUUGGUCUGGGCGAAGAGGAGGUUGCGGGCUGCAGGGACGCCGGUGUCGACGCCGAUUGCACAGACGCGCAGAUGAACGAGAAGGGCAAGGUGGAUAUCAGUGGAUCGCCGCCUGAUCAGAUCAAGGAGGAAUAG